AUGGGACCUCCCACGGCAACUGCAAAUCCACCACCUUCCACGCCUACGUCAAUGGGACCUCCGAAGUCCAGUCUCCCACCUCCAGUGUCCCUAUCUCAGCAGCUGCGAGAGAUGCAGGAAGAGGUGGAGGCAGAAGCCAGGCGCCUCCGAGAAAACAAUACCAUGCUGUUCAAGCAAGUUGAGGUGUUGGCCGCGACCAAGGCCUCCAAACAGGAGAUUCUGGACAUGGAAGCCAAGGUGGAUGAGAUGGGAAAGAAAGUGAUCACCGAAGUGCAGCUCGAGCUCAACAAGUGGGUUGAACUCACAAAAGCAUCGCAUGCCGCCCUCAGCAAGAGGCUCGACAAGAUAACCUUGCCUUCUCCAGUAAAGGAGGAGGCGGCUAACUCGGCUUUCAGGGACGCUCAUCCUGCUUGUAUCGAAAGAACGGAAGAAGGCCCAGACGCUGCACCUGUGCAGCAGCUCAAGCCUCCAAAGCUGGUCAGCCUUGACCCAAAGCGACCAGGGGCGUUCACUUCGAUGGUCAUGAUCUAUCUCGACAAUUGGGGUCAUGCCUCGACAAUGAUGGCAAUCAACGCCGCAUUGACCGAGUCGAAGUCGGCAGCUGUCCAACAGUUCCACUUGAGGAACACCAAAAAAAGGGGUCCCGCCACACCCCAAGCCUGGUGUGAUUUGAUCACAAAACAGUUCGCCGCAUCACGGUCAAUGGCCCUGGCCACCUUACAUCAGGCCCGGAUGUUCAACCCAUCAAAGGACGAUGUUCAGGAAUGGAUCGCGGAACUCCAAUUUAUCUGCCAGAAGGCUGAACAGGAAGACGAGUUUCCUUGGAUCAGUCUUCGGGUGCCAGAGUCGGACCUGCCAGAUGGCAAGCCUCCGAGUGCCUACAAGUCGGUGGCUGCCCUCCAAGAGGCCAUGUUGGUCCAAAAGCACAGAAAACGAUUCAGAGAACCCAGUCGUUCCGUGCCAACGCUGAGUGAAGCGGACCAGGCCAAUCCUAAGCCUGUUGUUACUGCCAACAGUCUCCCCAGCAGGAACGAUCGAGGUGUGCCUUGUUGUCGAUUUUGUCGCACCUACCUACCACUGGCGCAAUGA